AUGGCUACUUCCCUAAUCUCUCCACUCACAGAUGAGACUUCCGCCACAUCACUGUUGACCAUAACCAUAACAAUCACAAUAUCCGCCGUCGUUCUCUACUUCCUCGGAAAUCUCCGAAGAACCAAAUCGUCGCCGGGUCCACGUGGGCUGCCGGUCGUCGGGUACCUCCCGUUCCUCCGCCGCAACGACCUCCACAGGCAGCUCACUUCCCUGGCUGAAACCCACGGCCCAAUCUACACAAUCCAGGGCCUCAACAGAUCCCUGGUCGUGGUCAGCUCCCCGGAUCUGGCGAAAGAGGUCCUUCGGGUCAACGAGUCCAUCUUCUCGACCCGCCCAAUACCGAUUGUGGGCCGGAUCUUAACCUACGGCGGCAUUGACCUCGCCAACCUGUCGUACGGCCCCGAUUGGGCGGCAAGGACUGCCAGCUCAUGGGUCUCACAUGGCUGCUCGCCAAGAACCGGACGGCCUACAUCCACACAGUCUCGGCCGUGCUCCGGGCGAUAA